AUGAAUAUACCAUCCACAUCCAAUGCGGGAAAUGGGUUGAGUUUUCGAUCUAAAUUACAAUUGAAGACGGGGAAUGUCCCGCCAAAUCUGCUGAUUGAACCCACAAAGAAACCAAAAUGUCGAUGUAUAGGAAAACUGUUAACAGAAAUUGCAGUAUUGAAGAAUAAAAUAGCUAGCUACGGUAAGGGUAAUCCGUAUUGCGUAAUCAUAAAUGCGUUGGAUAUAAGGUUUCUUGAAUUUAGGUGAUGAACUUCCCAUUUCAUAUCAAUCCACACGCUUUGGUCAAUUGUUUUUCGAUUUUGUUCUCAACUCAAACAACUGUUCUGAUAAGGAUUGCCAAGUGAAUCAAGAUGAUAUGUUGUGGUAUGUUCCUAUGACAAGACAACCCUCAACAAAUCUAACUGUUGGCCAUCAAGUUCUUCAAGUAUUCAGAAGAUCGAGUCCAAAUAAGCCAUCAUGUUUUGAUGACAAUAUAAAUUGGGAGGAGACAGUCUGCUUAAACGUGAUAUUGCAGCAGGUAGACAUGCAAAAUGGAUGAUAUAUUACUGUUAAUAUUUAGUUUGAUUACUAUGUUACAGUAGCAGUUUGUAUUCGAAGUCAGCCAAACAAUCUUCAAAUUCUGAAGAAGAAUUGUCAGGUAUUAAUUUCUGUUUUACAUGUCUUACAAUUACAAAUUACUAUAUAAUGCUUUAGAGGGUAUACCCGUCACCGUCCCGUCGGCGUAUGGAUGUAAAAGGUGAAUGUGAAGAGAUGACUUAUCCCAAAAUUUACUUUGCCAUCGAUAAUUUUGAGACGGUUUUCUCGGAUAUCGUUAUUACCGAGAAUGAAUGCGUUUGUGUUGAAUUGGUAGCCAGAGAUCGAUUCAGAGAUAAAGAAGCCGUUGUCUUCCUGGGGUCCAUUCGCUUUGAUGUGCUAAAAAAGCUGUACGAUUCACGGGUAAGUUUAAUACGGCGUAUUGUUUGAAUUUUAAUGGUAUAGUAACAAAUAAUAGCUUUCUCUUCUGUAGGGAAAUUCAACUUGGACAUGGGCGCAGAAAUUAGUAACCGCCACACAACGCCGUCAUGAAUUUGUGAAGAUGAGGGGACCCCAUGGAAAAGGGUUCGCUGAAAUGGCUGUAGCUCGAGUUGCAUCACUAGGAUUCGAAACCCCGAUGAGUGAACGCUGCUAUGACAUGUCAGCAUCGUGCGAUUCUAGAUGGAACACAGAUCAGAGGCGGAUGUCAGAUACAAAUAUUUUUGGAAAACUUCUACCCAAACGGACAGCACUUACACCCGGUCCAGGGCAAGAUGGGAGUGCAUUUAGUUUACAGCCAAGAAACAGAAGAUGGCAAAGUGAUGCUGACAGCAUGAAUAAUGACUCCGACUUUGAUGCUAGAAGUGUUGUGUGUAAGUUUGAUCAACAUUUUUUUUUCAUUAUUAGCCGAGACAGCAUCUCGCCCAAUGACCACAAGCCAACAAGCUGAUUCUGGAAGUAAAUGGUCACUGAAUAGUUUCGGCAAUGCUCUAAGCUGGUUGAAAGAGAAGAAGGAAACGCCCGCACUAAAUGCCUAUCUUACUUAUGUAACUCUGCCUUGGCGGUGCAUUAUAGAUGGUAAGAAGUUUACUGGUUAAAAAGUCAUCAAUUUUAGAUAUGCUGUUGACCAGUCCUCGGAAACCAAUAUUGACCUUCGAUUUAGAUUACUUGGAGCAAUAG